CGCUUCCCCUCGGCCUCCGGAGCCGCCGCCGGAGCCAUGAUCGGGGACCUGCUGCUCUGCGGGACGCUGCUGGUGAACGCCGGUGCCGUGCUCAACUUCAGGCUGAGGAGGAGGGACACGGAGGGAUUCGGAGAGGAGCCAAGGGAACCCACGACCGGUGACAAUAUCAGAGAGUUCUUGCUGAGUCUCAGGUAUUUCCGAAUCUUCAUUGCCUUGUGGAAUAUCUUCAUGAUGUUCUGCAUGAUUGUGUUAUUUGGAUCUUGAAAGCCACUCAUGGACACAUUGGAAGAGACUUUUGGCUGGGAACCAACUUUUCUAGAAAUAAAAGAUUCUGCUGCUCUCCAGCUGCAGCCCCAGGCCCGUGGGGAGCUGGGAUGCGCUCGUCCCCUCCAGGUUCCUGCUCUGCCAGGGCUUGGAGCCACAACCUUCACACAAAUGAUCUCAGCUUCACUCAGAGAGAAUUUUGACUUGGUUUUCUAAGCUCAGAGUGAGAGCAGGGGAGAACUGGAGCCAGUUUUAAACCUCUGCCUCACCAGUCCCAGCUGGGGCUGUGCCAGCUCGAGUUACCCCUGUCCAAGUCACACUCCUGAGCUCUCAGUUUUGUGUAAAAGUUGAGCAGAGUGUUCUUGUAACUUCUCACUAUUCCAUUUGUUUUGUUGGAGGUGUAGAAAAGGAAUGUUCAAAGAAAAAAAAAUGCCGUUCUCACUUUCUCCCUGUUUUUCCAGAAAAAAAAAAAGCUUUUUAAAUUAAUAUUUCAAAGAUUUUUUUUUUUUCUCCUAAGCAAUAUGUAAGGGAUUUUGAAUGGGGAAAAAUGGCAAAAAUAAUUCUAUAAGCCAAUGUUAAGAGAUAAUUUUGGAAUAAUCUUGGAUUUGGUUGAAUAAAGUUCUAUUUCAGGGUAAAAUAUA